CCAAGCAGAGAAAUGAGCGAUAAAUCUUUAAAUAAUACGAUGUUAGAGCCUGAAGACAAUAUGGUGUUCAAGCCUGAUGAUAAUAUGGUGUUCAAGCCUGAUUAUGAUACGAUGUUAGAGCCUAAAGAUGAUACGAUGUUAGAGCCUGAAGAUGAUACGAUGUUAGAGCCUGAAGCUGGUAAUCUAGAUGAGUCAAAAUCUGAUGGUAUGAAUAGAUAUGAAAAUUCACUUCAGUCUUUCAUAUCACAAACCAGCAGCAAAUUUCUAGUCAAACGAAAAAAGGUCAAAAGACUGGGUGGUAGUUCUGUAAAAGAGUUUUAUGAAAUGAAAUUAAUUAAUAAUCUUGAGUAUCAGAUCUGUCAUCAUAAAACUUGCACUUCAAAAAUAAAAUAUCUAAAGGAUGGUUCUACUUCGAAUUUAUGGUGUCAUUUAAGAAAUAAACACCAUAUUUCACAAGCCAUGAUAGAAGGUGAUCAGCCAUUUUCGAUUAUACAAUUACGAUCAUUUAAAAGAAUAAUUGAAGGACUAGAUGUUCAAGUUAAUAUACUUGGUAAUGAUCGUUUAAAAGAGAUUCUUAUUAAUUCUGAGAAUAAGGUUUUGCAAAACCUUCAUGAAUAUGCACAAGAUAGUUCUGAAGUUAGUUAUAUUUCAUUUACUACUGAUAUGUGGAUGUCAAAUAAUGGUGAUCUGUAUAUUGGACUUACUCUUUACUGGAUUAAUGAUAAUAGUUUCCAGCUUAAAUGUAUAACUACUAGGGGUACAAUCGAUAAUCUUGCAAUUAAUGAUGCAUUAAAAGGUUGCCCUGAAAUUACUAACUUAAUAAAAAAAUAUAAAAACGUUGUAUCUCACUUUAGUAGAAGCCCAAAGCAAAAACAAUUUUUUUUGGAAGCUCAAAUGGAGAUGGAAGACUGGAAUAACUUUCUUUUUGUAGUUUGCGAUGUUUCUAUGAGAUGGAAUUCGAUAUUUUAUCUUUUAAAACAAUUAACAAUUCUUAAGCCAGCAAUGUAUAAGUAUAAAUCGUUUUUAGUUGAAAUAAAUGAUAAUAUUUCAUUAAGAAGUUAUGAAGAAAAAGAAUUAUCAUCGUGUCAAUGGGAAAAAAUAACCGAGUUAGUAAAGUUAUUGUACCUUUACAAAAUUAUUUCAAAAAAAUUAUCAGAUUCACAGUAUCCAACACUUUCUCAAGCGUGGUUUGCAAUUAAUUUCAUUAAAAUAAAACUUAAUUGUGCAAUAACAAAUGAUAAACCAACGAAACCAAUUCGACUUGCAGUAUUUUUUGAUCUGCGAACAAAAAACAUGCAAAUAUUUUCAGAAGAUGAAAGACAUAGUACUAUUUCAGAAGCACGUAUAGAGUAUCUUGAAUUAGCUACUAAUUAUUAUGAAUCAAAUAAUUUAUCAGAUGCAGCACCUAGUAACAUAAAUAGUGAAGAUAUUUUUUCUAGUUCUGUGGCUCAAGAAUAUUCAAGCCAAAAUGACAAUAACAUUGCUAACCAUGAAUUUAACUCCUAUUUAUUAUUACCAAGGGUUCAAAGUAAAACAGACAUACUUCAGUAG